AGGCAGUAAAGUAAGUAGAUCACUGCCUCGGCACUGAUUGCAUGCCGCACUCGUAGAUGAACGAGUUUCAUGCAUUCAUCCGUGGGCACAUUCUUUUUCCGGAGGCCUAUAACGCGAUCGCUGUCAUUGCAGAAUGCAUUGCCAAAGUUUCUUCGAGUGUCUUCCUCAGUCUUCUUCUCCUUGUGCUCAUCGAUAGACGCGGCAUUAGUCCGGGUGAGCGGGGCUUGAUAUCGGUGCUUGCGAGUGUCAUUGAUCGCUUGAUCUUUGAGUCGUAAUCCGAAAGUAGGAAUCGUGUUGUUGCGCGCUUCGGAUUGUGGAAGCGGGUUGGUAAUUUGGAGGUGCAGGGGAGAAAGAGGUAGCAGGCGAAGAAGAAAAGGAAGAAGAAGACGCAUGACUUAUUGCAGAGUCUGUGUGGUGUCGAUGGAUGUGGAGUGGAUUCUCUAAUAUUUGCUGCCUCGAAUUGGUAGUUAAUCGGAGGAGUUUUUUUUUGAGAAGAGUUCAGGAACGGUGAGUGAAAAUGCCCAGAUUGUUGCCUAUGAGAUCGAUCGGGGCUCCUUCGAAGGCGAGGAGUAGCAGUGCCAGAAAUCUGGCGCGGGCGACAGCUGAGAAGGGGCGGGAGGAAAUAGCCUCUGGCUUAGGCACGGCGAGUCUCGUGCGAGUACCUUCGCAAACCUUGAAUAUAAACACGAUGGGACUAUUAUCAGCGCAAUUUCAAGCUUGCAAAGGCACGGAGAAAGGUUCUAGGGCGGCGGAAUCGGACGCUGAAAAGAUGAGGAAUAAGUUUUUUGGCAACGGCGUCAAUUCCGAAAACAGAUUUGGGAGUCAGUGCGUGAGCAGUGGGAGCGAGCAUGAGUUUAACUCUGUCUGCCUAGGCGCCAUGGUGAACGGGUUCAUUGAGAAUGAGGCUGACAAUGGCCGAUUCAGUCGGCCGCUGUGCAAUUGCGAGGCGAGUGGUGCAAUGUGUGAUUGCAACGAUUUUGACGAGUCUAUGUCCUCACUCGGAGAACUAGCGGAAUUGUUGACGGGAUUGGUAUCGAGCACCAAUGUUACCGAGCGAGUCUUGCUUGCUGAAGUUAACAAGGCAAUGGCUUCGGCCAGAGAGCUUACAUCCUCUGAGGAUGAUGUUACUUUCUGCUUGAGACGUCAAGUGAUGAAGCAUCUCAGGACCGUAGGUUACAAUGCUGCAAUUUGUAAAUCACGAUGGGACCAUGCUGGGAGUUUUCCUGGUGGCGAUUAUGAGUAUAUCGACGUGGUAUUUGAAAGUGAAAUUGGGAACAGUGAACGAAUUAUCAUCGACAUCGACUUCAGGGCUCAAUUUGAGAUCGCUCGUCCUACAUCUUGCUACAACGCUUUGGUACGCGUGUUACCGACUGUGUUUGUCGGCAAGGCAGAUUGUCUUCUUCAAGUUGUGAACUUCAUGUCCGAUGCUGUGAAGACGUCCCUGAAGGAGCGAGAUAUGCAUUUGCCUCCGUGGAGAAAGCCUGCUUACAUGCGGGCGAAGUGGUUUGCAUUUUACAAACGCACGACCAAUGCUACUGUUCAGAAGACUAGCAACGAUGGUUUUUCCGACAUUUCCCGCAUUGCUGUGAGAGAUCACGGCUGGGACUCCAAGUAUACCGACGUGAUGGAGGUGGACUACCUCAGAGGUGGAGAGAGACGGACAGUGAAGGAUUUUAAGAAUCCUGUCUGCAAGAAUCUUACAGGGGUUCCUUGCAAGCCUUCAGCACCUGAACCUAUCAAAAGCACUGUUGACAAUAAUGAAUGGCAGCCUCCGGUCUUGAAGCCAAGAGUAUUUCAACGACCUUGUCAGGCGGGACUUGCAUCAGUUUUGAGAGAAGCAGGUCUGACUUCCUCGUUUAGAUUGAUCGAAGAGCAACGGCUGGAGCGGAAGAGCUUGCCGAUCCCGGUUUGAGUACCCGACGUCGCUGCACUUCGAUCAUCCUUCACUUGGGUCUGUAAUAUACACACGAUGUAGCGCUUAUUCACAUGAUGUGCAUAUUAUUGUCACAUAUCUUUGCCGCAAGUGUUUUGUCUUUUCAGAUCACGACGGGGCUAGUACUUACGAAAAAUAGUAGAUUGCGAGAGGUUCUUGGGUAUAAGUGUAUGAAAUUUUGGGCUCGACGUUCUGUGGGUGGCAACCUUGGCCCCUUGCACCAGCGUCCCGCUUUGCAGAGAAAUCUAGGAGCACCCACGGGUAACAGGAGAUGAGGGCAGCGGACAAUUUAAUAUGUCGUGGUUUCCGUGCCGGAUUUUUUGACAGUAGGAGCAGUUUGGAAGUGUGAUUUGUGUAUAUAUAUAUAUAUAUAUAUAUAUACUAUUAGGAGCGAGUAUUACCACUCACGGUUGGAUUUUUUCACGAGCCGCAGAACUCAAGGCUCUGAGUUGAGUUUGAUUGCUUCCAUUGCCAACGCUGUUUGGAGAAGUCACAUUUUUUUUGGAAUAAUACAAAACAAUUUCAUCAUC